CCGCCGGUCUCCUCGGUCCCCAGCUUCAGAACUAUGGGAGCGGAAGUUUGGGGAGUUUCUCGGAGCUUUUCUCUCUACCCCUCUUCCCCAACCCGGGAGUUCCCCAUUCUUUGGGCCCAGAGUAUCCAGAAACUUGAUCCAGACCUGCUGACACAAACACCUGCAUGUACUUAGGAAGCCGGGCCACCUUUGCUCUGAACCCAUGUCCCUGGGCGUCCCUGGGACCCACCCACAGCUGCAGCCUAAUGUCGUGUGCCUGUGGGCCUGGCCACCCCGGAGACCAGCUUCCACACUUCCCGUUCUGGGGGCCAGUGUAGGCCUCCUCUUUCCGGGGCAGGCAAACAAUUUGGGGGGAUGGGGAGACGAGAAACUUUUCCUCUGUUGUCCCAAAAGCUGGGCCCUGGGUAGCUCCCUUCUGACUUUUCGGUGUCAUGGGUCCACCCUCCCAGGGCACAGUGCAGGGUGGAGGAGGAAGCAGGCAUGCAUCCUCUUACCACCCGUGGAAUGCGCGCCAACUACGAUGGAGGCUGCCCACCCGGGCUUGCACCCCGGAGACUGCAGAGUUUUUGGGUGAGGACUUGCUGCAGGUAGAGCAGCGGUUGGAGCCCGCUAAGCGAGCAGCCCACAAUGUUCACAAACGGCUGCAAGCCUGUCUGCAGGGCCAGAGCGGGGCUGACAUGGACAAGCGGGUGAAAAAGCUUCCUCUCAUGGCUCUUUCUACCACGAUGGCUGAAAGCUUCAAGGAACUGGAUCCUGAUUCCAGCAUGGGGAAGGCCUUGGAGAUGAGCUGCGCCAUCCAGAACCAGCUGGCCCGAAUCCUAGCCGAGUUUGAGAUGACCCUGGAGAGGGAUGUCCUGCAGCCGCUCAGCAGGCUGAGCGAGGAGGAGCUGCCUGCCAUCCUCAAGCACAAGAAGAGCCUGCAGAAGCUGGUGUCCGACUGGAACACCCUCAAAAGCAAGCUCAGCCAGGCAGCCAAGAACUCAGGGAGCAGUCAAGGAUUGGGCGGUGGCCCAAGCAGUCACGGCCACACCACCACUGCCAACAAGGUGGAGACGCUGAAGGAAGAAGAGGAGGAGCUAAAGAAGAAGGUGGAACAGUGCAAGGAUGAGUACUUGGCCGACCUCUACCAUUUUGCCACCAAGGAGGACUCAUACGCCAACUAUUUCAUCCAUCUCCUGGAGAUUCAGGCUGACUACCAUCGAAGGUCACUGACCUCACUCGACACAGCCCUAGCUGAGCUGAGGGACAAUCACAGCCAAGCAGACCCCUCCCCCUUGAUGACGGCCGCCCCCUUCUCCAGGGUAUAUGGGGUGUCCCUGAGAACCCACCUGCAAGAGCUAGGUCGUGACAUCGCCCUGCCCAUCGAGGCCUGUGUCCUGUUGCUGUUGUCAGAAGGCAUGCAGGAGGAGGGCCUCUUCCGUCUGGCUGCUGGAGCCUCAGUGCUGAAGCGCCUCAAGCAGACAAUGGCCUCAGAUCCCCACAGCCUAGAGGAAUUCUGCUCAGACCCCCAUGCUGUGGCAGGUGCCCUCAAGUCGUAUCUCCGGGAGCUGCCAGAGCCCCUGAUGACCUCUGAACUCUAUGACGACUGGAUGAAAGCAGCCAGCCUGAAGGAGCCCGGGGCCCGCCUGGAGGCCCUACAUGACGUUUGUAGCCGCCUACCCCAAGAGAACUUCAACAAUCUCAGAUACCUGAUGAAGUUCCUGGCACUGCUGGCAGAGGAACAGGAAGUGAACAAGAUGACACCGAGCAACAUCGCCAUUGUCUUGGGGCCCAACCUGCUGUGGCCUCCGGAGAAAGAAGGGGACCAGGCCCAACUGGAUGCGGCCUCUGUGUCCUCCAUUCAGGUGGUGGGUGUGGUCGAGGCGCUGAUACAGAAUGCAGACAUCCUCUUCCCUGGAGAAAUCAACUUCAGUGUAUCAGGCAUCUUCUCAGGCCUGGCCCCCCAGGAGAAGGUUAGUAGCCAACGGGCCUCAGAGGAAUUGCCACCUGCUGCUGUGCCUACGCCAGCUGCCACCCCAGCCCCAGCCUCGGUGCCUGUGAAAGAAAGGACAGAGUCUGAACUGCCCAAACCAGCAUCCCCCAAGGUCAGCAGGAGUCCCGUGGAGACAGCUGCCUCAGCAGAGGACAUGACUCGGAGGACCAAGCGCCCAGCACCAGCCCGGCCUACCAUGCCACCUCCCCAGCCCUCCAGUGCACGCUCAUCCCCUCCAGCUCCACCCUUGCCCCCUGGCUCUGGCAGCCCUGGCACUCCUCAAGCUCUGCCACGCCGUCUGGUGGGAACCAGCCUCCGGGCCCCCACUGUGCCUCCGCCAUUACCUCCCGCUCCUCCGCAGCCUGCCCGGCGCCAGAGCCGGCGUUUACCAGCCUCCCCAAGCCCAGCCUCCCCUGGCCUAGUCAUUUCAAACAUGCCUGCUCAGAUAGACCAGGGAGCGGCUACAGAGGACGGAGGAAGCUCUGAGGCUAUAGGUGGCCAUCCCAGCCCCCCAGCUCUGCCACCCCAGCCCCGGCCCAGGGGUCUUGCCUCAGAGACAGAUUGAGCAGGCCCCUCCUGCCUGACAAGACCUCAGUGUCCCCUCUCUCCUUCCCUUCCUUGCCCUCCCAAGACAGCCCUUGCCCUGUGCCUAGGUGCCUGCUGGGUCAGCCCCCAUGGCCAGGAGGGCUCAGGCCAUCCCUCUACUUUCUGACCUAUUCCUCUUUUCACUUUGCGCUUGGGGCCUCCCCCCUGACUCCCCACUCUCUGGCACGGUCUCAAGGGAGCUACCAGAUGGAAGGACGGACCUGCCUGUUCCUACAGGACAUUUAUUUUUCUCUUGCCAAUGUAUUUUUGUAAGGCUCGUAAAUAAAUUAUUUUUAACAAAACUGGA